GAAGGCCCGCCCGCCGGCCCGGAAGGCCCGCAGCGAGCGGCGGGGCCGGGGUGGUGAGUCGCCGGUCGCUCUUCGCCGCCGCCAUGGGGAAGUCGUUCGCCAACUUCAUGUGCAAGAAGGACUUCCACCCCGCCUCCAAGUCCAACAUCAAAAAGGUAUGGAUGGCGGAACAGAAAAUAUCGUAUGAUAAGAAGAAACAAGAAGAAUUAAUGCAACAGUAUCUUAAAGAACAGGAGUCCUAUGACAACAGGUUGCUGAUGGGCGAUGAGCGUGUGAAGAAUGGUCUUAACUUCAUGUACGAGGCCCCACCUGGAGCAAAGAAAGAGGAAGCUAAAGAGCAAGAAGGAGAGACUGAAUACAAAUUUGAAUGGCAAAAAGUCGCCCCUCGAGAAAAAUACGCUAAGGAUGACAUGAACAUCAGAGACCAGCCGUUUGGCAUCCAGGUGCGGAACGUGAGGUGCAUUAAGUGCCACAAGUGGGGCCAUGUGAACACUGAUCGAGAAUGUCCUUUAUUUGGCCUUUCUGGGAUUAACGCAAGUUCAGUGGCCAGUGAUGGAUCAGGGCCAUCAAUGCACCCCUCGGAGCUAAUAGCGGAGAUGAGAAACAGUGGGUUUGCACUGAAACAAAAUGUACUGGGGAGAAACUUGACCGCAAAUGAUCCAUCACAGGAAUUUGUUGCAAGCGAAGGAGAUGAUGAUCCAGAAGUUGAAUUUUUAAAAUCACUGACAACCAAACAGAAACAGAAACUUCUAAGGAAAUUGGAUCGUCUUGAGAAGAAAAAGAAAAAGAAAGACAGAAAGAAGAAAAAGCAGCAAAAGAAAAAAGGCAAAAGUAAACACAAGAAACAUAAGAUGAGCUCCUCUUCCUCAUCCUCCAGUGAGACUUCAGGAAGCAGCAGCGACAGCGAGGCUGACAGCAGAGAUAAAGCGGCACAAAAGAAGAUGUAUUCUAAGAAAAGAAAAAAAGACAAGUUUUCAGAGGCUAGCAGCAGCGAUUCAGAAGGAAAGGCAAAGACUAGGAAGGAAAAACUUUAUGAAGAUCUCUCCAGUAGUCACGGUAACAAGGACAAAGAUAGGGAGAAGUAUAGACUUUUAAAGCCAGAUAGUUCUGCGGAGAACAGCAAAUGGAGCUCCUGUGAGGGGGAAAGAAAGUCCAAAAGCAGAUACCAGAGAGAGACUGAAAGAAAGGAGAGGGACAGCAGAAGCCAGAGCACGGAUGAGAGGAGAGGGAGAAGCCCUUGCACAAGUCACAGCAGUCGCAGGCAAAGGCAAACAAGAAAAAGCCCGUGUCAAAGCCCUGGUGAAGAGCGUCACAGGAAAAAUGAAACCAGAAGCCCCAGCGCAGAUGGGCACAGAAAGGAGAAAAAAUACAGAGAGAGCAAUGGUGACAAGUGCAGUAAAGUGGAAUACAGAGAAAGGAGCAGACGCAGUAGAAGCAGAAGCCGAGAGAGGAAAAAAAACAGAUAGUGUAGGGGACAGGUGCAAACAAAAAUGUCUCCUUUUUGAUGAAUACCUUUAACAAGGGCUCAGUUACACAUCGCUGUUCGUUUUCCAACCUUUGUAACUAGCAUUUCCUAAAUAAAGCCAACAGCAUCAUUUCUAUGAUGUUAUAAUAUCUGUAAAUUAGGACAAAUGUUACGGUAUUUUUCUUACUGUAUAAAUAUUCUUGUUGGCAAAUACCUUAUGUGUACAUGCAGUAAUUCAUAGACCUAAGUUUAGCGUUUUAAAAUAUUUCAGAGCAGUGUUUGAUAUUCUUGAUUUUUGUCAGGGGCAAUUUUUGUUUAGAUGCAACUGUGAGGGAAGCAGAAAGUAAUUGGGAAGAAUCCUGGGGUAUGUUAAAUGCUAACAAACGUUUGAGAUAGCUCCGGGUAAAAUCCCUGCUUCCAAUAUCAAAACAUUAUGUUGUAGAGGGUUUUUUGUUGUUGUUGUUGUUGUUUUAUACUGCACCAUUUUUCCUGAAGUUCCCCGUGAGAGAUCAAUUUCAUGAGUUAAAACAACAGAGAGACAUAGUUCACAUAAGUGUGUAGCCAACAUUUUUUGACCUCCUGCAGUGUACAGCUUUGGUCAGGGCUAUCUAAACGUCUUGAACCCCUGUUGGUAUGUGUCAGUACAAUGUCAAGUUAUUGUUCGAUAAGCUCUCAAGACAUGAAAAGAAUAUUUACUGCCUCAACUGCUCCGGGUGUUUCAUUGUUUGUAGUAGGAAGUUAAUGUAAAUAUCCAUCCUCUUGGUUUUGUGGAACAGACUUAUUUUUCUUGGUGUCUGUUGUUCUUCAUGUGCUGUUAUGAAGAUGAACUUCAAUAAUAAAAUACCUUAUUAUUCAAAAGCA